AUGGCUAUCUCGGAGGCAUUGUCUCUUAUUCAUGGAAGGGCUGUCGAACACCCUUUGCAGUUACUCGCCAUAGUCGCCUUCGCAGUUCCGGUCCUAUAUGUCAUCAUCAACGAGUUCAUCCGAGCUUCAGCCCGCAUUCCCGGCUUCAAGGGCCCUCGUGGACUGCCUUUGAUCGGUAACCUCGCACAAAUUCGGAAAAAUGCUGCCGAGCAAUACCGAAUUUGGUCAAAGACUUAUGGCCCUGUCUAUCAAAUUCAACUUGGUAAUAUUCCUAUCAUGGUGGUGAAUUCAGCUGCAUCGGCCAAGGUUCUCUUUGGACAUAAUGCGCAAGCCCUGAGCUCUAGGCCGGAGUUUUAUACCUUUCAUAAAAUUGUCUCGAACACAGCUGGUACCACAAUUGGUACCUCGCCGUACAGCGACUCGCUAAAAAGACGCAGGAAGGGCGCAGCAUCAGCACUCAAUCGACCUUCCGUUGAUUCAUACGUGUCACACUUGGACGUUGAGUCCAAAGCUUUUGUAGCUGAGCUCUACAAGUACGGCAAUGGCGGAAAGACGCCCGUGGAUCCGAUGGCGAUGAUUCAACGUCUCAGUCUGAGUCUGGCCCUGACACUCAAUUGGGGAGUUCGUGUAGCAUCUCAAGAAGAGGAUCUAUUUGACGAAAUCACUGAAGUCGAAGAAGAGAUCAGCAAGUUCAGAAGCACUACUGGUAACUUGCAAGAUUAUAUCCCCCUCUUACGCCUGAAUCCGUUCAACACCAAUUCCCAAAAGGCAAAAGAGAUGAGGGACCGUCGUGACAAGUACCUCGGCUCGCUCAAUCGUGAUCUCGAUGACCGAAUGGAAAAGGGAACCCAUAAACCUUGCAUUCAGGCCAACGUCAUUCUCGACAAAGAAGCCAAAUUAAACUCUGAGGAGCUCACCUCUAUCAGUCUGACUAUGUUAUCUGGAGGACUCGACACCGUUACUACCCUUGUUGCCUGGAGCAUCACGCUCCUUGCCCAGCGCCCUGAUAUCCAGGACAAGGCUGCAAAGGCUAUAAAGGACAUGUACGGCGAGAACCAGCCCCUCUGCGAUUCUGCCGACGACCAGAAGUGUGCUUAUAUCGUCGCUCUCGUGAGGGAAUGUCUGAGGUACUACACUGUCCUUCGCCUAGCACUUCCCCGCACGUCUAUAAGGGACAUCACCUACGAGGGCAAGGUCAUUCCCAAGGGGACCGUCUUCUUCCUUAACUCCUGGGCCUGUAACAUGGACCCCGAAGUCUGGACCGACCCCGAAGAAUUCCGCCCGGAACGCUGGUUUGAGCAACCCGACGCUCCCAUGUUCACCUACGGCAUGGGCUACCGCAUGUGCGCUGGCUCGUUGCUCGCCAAUCGCGAGCUGUACCUCGUGUUCAUCCGCACCCUCAACAGCUUCCGCAUCAAGCCGACCGAAGAAAAGGUCGAGUGGCACCCUGUCAAGGGAAAUUCGGACCCGACGAGUUUGGUCGCUAUACCCAAAAAGUAUAAGGUUAGAUUCGUGCCGAAGAAUGAGGAGGUGCUUAUGAAGGCUUUGGGUUGA